AUGAGCCACGUAGUUUGGAUGACUGCUGCUGUUGCGGUCCCAAACAGACUACACCUCCUCCUUGUGGCUGCGUUUUUCUGCCUUUUCAUUCUUCUUCUACUUGCCCUCAAACGCCCGAAAUAUGUCGUUUCAGGGCAGCUCCCCCUCAUUAAUAGGCGUUUCGCUUGGGAGCCUAGGUUGUUCGCACGGCUUCGCUGGGCGCUAUUUGCUCGUGAAAUCCUGCAAAUGGGAUAUAGGAAGUCCGGGGGAAAGCCUUACCAGCUGGAGCGCGGUGAUGCCGACUACGUGGUACUUCCGGCAAGCUUCAUCCCUGAGUUGAACCGUCUACCUGUAGACGUCCUCAAUACGAGAAAACAUCAUAGUUUUAGUCUCCUCGGCCACUUGACAGGAAUGCACGUUAUUCUCAAGACGAGUUACCAUGUGAAAACGCUUUUAGGCCGGAUUAGCCCGGCAAUCAACGGGGCCACACUACCAAUGGCCGAGCGCAUGACAACGAGACUAGAUCGCUUGUUUCCCCAGGAGCCUGGUUUAUGGGUAUCUAUAGAUCCUGUUGAUGCACUCGUACGCUGCAUUAGUGAAUGUUUAGCAUUUACAUUGUUUGGACCGCCAAUUUGCGAUGACCCUGAACUUGUAAAGGUCUGUCAUGAGCAUACUAAGAAUGUCUUCACUCUCGCGUUCUGUAUGCGUAUCGUGCCCUCAUUUCUCCAACCCGUGAUCGUCUGGUUACUUCCUGCCAAGUGGCGUCUCGUUAGCGGCUGGAAAACCUGGGAUCGCAUCGUGAUCCCUGAAGUGCGCCGUCGACUGCAAGAAAAGGACUUUGAUCCUUCAAAGAGAGGUGACCUGAUCUCCUGGAUGUUGCACGAUGCUAAAACUCCUAUUGAGCGCAACGAGCACGUCUUAUGUCAUCUCUGUGCCGCCGUUAUCGCAGGUGCAACAUAUAGCACGGCGAAUCUCGCGUCUGAAGCUCUGGUAGACCUUAUAGCAAAUCCUGAUAUUUUGAAGGAGGUACGCGAAGAGAUCAAACAGAAGCAUUCGGAUAUAGAGGGACAGUGGGAUCUAUCUGCGCUGGAAAGACUUUACAAGCUGGAUUCGGCACUGAAAGAAACCUCCCGCCUCGCACCAGGUGCUGCGCUCGUGUAUCAACGUGUCGUACAGAGGGAUGUCCAGUUGAGUUGCGGUAUCCAGCUAAAGCGCGGACAGUUCAUCGCACUAGCUUCACAGGAGGGUAUAAUGGCCUAUAUCGCGAAUCAUGGCGCACCGGGGCAUGUCCCAAAUACGUACGAUGGCAUGCGAUUCUACAAUGACGAUCUCGAGCGUCACAAGGCGACACCGUUUAGUGGAAUAUCAGGAAAUAUACUUACAUGGGGCUCCGGGCGCUGGGCAUGCCCGGGGCGGAUAGUGGCGAAUAUGAUGAUUAAGGUGAUAAUGGUGGAAUUACUAGAUAAAUAUGAGUUCGAGUUCAUAAGGGGUAAGAAACCAGGGGUAAUUCGAAUUCACGAGUUCUUAAUGCUAAACCCGAUGGCAAAGAUCAGGGUUAAGGAGACCAUCCCUUACGUCUCUAAUAUCUGGAUAUAUAUGACAAGUAAGAAGGCUUUCCUUGAAAGAAUAACCCGGGCACUCCUGAACAGUCCUGUCGUAGAAUGCCAGCUGGGGCCCAUGAAAGUGUAUUUCGUCACUGGAAAGGCUAGCGUUUCGACAGUGCUUCGGCAAUCCUCUAUCAAUCUCAUAUCGGAGCUAUGGAUGUUACUCAUACUCAAGAAUGUGGCUGGCUACACAGAUAAAGACCUGGCCAAGCUAGCACGGGACAAAUCAGGUAUCGGAAAGUUGCCGCUCCCAGGUAAUGAAUCCGUGCUUCCGGAGAAACGUAUCUGGUAUCUCAAACAUCAAAUCCAUAAUGAUUAUUUAGCGACACCUCAACAUACAGAAGCUCUUGCAGUUUCUUUCCAGAAUCAUUUUGGAGAAACGCUCAACACUUUUCCAAUUGGAAAAUGGGCUGAAGUAUCCGUAUUCAACUUCAUUCGUCAUGAGGUGGCUGCUGCUUCUGUUUGCUCCGUGGUCGGUAGGGAUAUCUUGACUGAUAACCCAACAUUCAUGGAUUUGUUCUGGGAGUACGAUAGCUAUGCGGAGAGCCUGGCAUUUGGUUUACCAAGGUGGCUAAACAGAAAGGGAAUAAAGGUUCGCGAAGACCUACGUUCCGUGUGUCUCAAAUGGUACGAAGAAGCGGAGCAAGGAUUAUCAAAUGGGGACAACAUCAAGACAGGCAAAGAAUUUGACAAUGCGUUUGGCUCGCAAUUGUCAAAAGAGCUUGGGGAAUGGGCCAAGUCGUUCGGAUUCUCAAAAGAAAGCAUAGCAAGUGUCUACAUGUUCCUCUUUCUCGGCUUGAAUACUAACACCAUUCCGAUUUGCACUUGGGCAUUGAUGGAAAUUAUUAACGAUACAGACUUAUUUCAGGCCACACGAACGGAAGUCUUACAAGCUCUCGUUACAAAUUCCGUCUCUGGGAAGCGUGCAUUUGACAUCCGAAAGCUAGCAUCACUUCCUUUAAUUCAAUCUAUUUACACAGAGUCCCUACGCCUACACUUAAGCCUUAACCUAACUCGAACCGCAACAGAGGACAUUUCUAUUGCGGGAUUCACUUUGCCGAAAGGGUGCACUGUUCAAGCGCCAACUCAGAUUUCUCAUUACGAGGAAGCUGUCUGGGGGACACCGGACCAUCGUGCCUCUGAGUUCUGGGCUUAUCGACAUGUGAAGCCAUCAAAGACUCAGGAUAGGGAAGCGAAUUCUGGCAAUAUGUUGGAAUAUUCGAUUUCUGGGCACACAGGAUCAUUCUUUCCUUAUGGUGGUGGGGGAUAUAUGUGCCCAGGGCGAAACCUUGCGAAGCAAGAGAUUUUGCUAGUGAUAGCAAUGGUUGUCAUAAGGUUUGAUGUUAAUUGCAUUCAGUGGACGAAACUAGACGGGUCGCCAUCACAGCGUCCUGCUCAGAACGACCCGAGGUAUGCAGGUGCUGGAUCUGUCCCACCAGAUAGAGAUAUGAAGAUCAGGUGGAAAAGACUAUGGUGA